CGCGCACGAAUGUCUCUAAAGUAAUAUUAAAAACUCGACUUUUCCUGGAGAAUAUGUAUAUUUCUAUCUGAUGGAAGAAGAAGACUGACUUUAAGAUAAAGCUCGCGAAAAAGUGAGUCUGAAGCCGUGUAGGUUAACGUUAGCCAUGUACUGCUAGCCUUUAACUUGGGGCUCUUUAAAUCGCCAUUUUAAAAUUUAACUUUACAUUUGACUUCCCCACCUAAAAAUGAAAGCGUUAAAUGAAAAGUCCGCUGAAAUAAAGCUGCAGGACAGAGAUCUCAUUUGCUGUCUAUGUAAGAGAUCUGAGAAUAAUAAAGAGAAGUAUGGAGAAAAGGUUCACCUUGAGCAGCACAACCUGGCUGUCCACUUUUUUUGUCUGCUGAUGUCUAGUGGAAUAUGCCAGAGAGGAGAGGAAGAUGAAGACGUGUAUGGUUUUCUUGUGGGUGACAUUAAAAAGGAGAUCCGCAGAUCAUCGAGGCUGAGAUGCUUUCAUUGCAAAAAGGCUGGUGCUUCAGUGGGCUGCUCCAUCAAAAGCUGUCGGCAAAUGGUCCACAUGCCCUGUGGAUUAGAGCAGGAGUUUGUUUUCCAGUUCACAGGCUUGUUUCCGUCUUUCUGUAAAAAGCAUGCGCCUACUCAGUCCUGUGACUCCAGCCACAGUCUGCCCCACUCCUGCUCCAUCUGUCUAGAUCCCAUUGAACCCAUCCUCUCCUAUCAUGUCCUCAAAUGCCCUGCAUGUCAUGGAAGCUGGUUUCACAGGAAAUGUGUACAGAAUUAUGCACACAGCGCGGCAAUGUUUUUCUUUAAAUGCACACUCUGCAAUAACAAGGAGCAGUUUCAGCAGGAAAUGCUCCGAAUGGGAAUAUAUAUACCAGAGCGUGAUGCAUCUUGGGAACUGGAGGAGAAUGCAUUUGUAGAGUUAUUGCAGGUCUACCACCGCUGUGAUGCAGUGAAGUGUCUGUGUCACAAAGGUCGUGAACACAGCUCACAGUCAGGGUAUUUUGAAAUAGUUCUCUGCAAGUUGUGUGGAUCCAGGGGAACUCAUCGAAAGUGCUCUAAUAUUCGAGUUUAUGAAGCUGACUGGAUGUGUGCUGACUGUAAAACUGCAGCUGAGGGCAAAACAUCAUUGCCAUUGCCAAAUCAUGUUGAAUCGCCACUGGCUAUAAGACAAGAGAGGAAGAGGCUGUUUAAAUCGAUCUCUGACAUUCACUCUUCAAUCGUCGCUAAAAGGCAGUGUGUGCCAGCCACUUCUCCGGAGGUCUUAAUGGAUCUGGCCUGUCAGAUCUCACAGCAGCAGUUCACAGAGGUGCUGGUGGGAGAUGAUGAUGGUGGCGUGAUGGAAGCAGCUCUGCAGGUGCUGCGCCAAAGUGACUUUAAUCCCUGCUGCACACUUUCUGUCAAAUUCUCCAAGGACAAACUGAACAACAACAUUAGAAACCAGCGUCGCUUCCUCAGGCGUCUCGUUUCAAAACUGCAGGUCUCAGACAUUUUUGAGGGAUCCGAUGGAGCUAAAAACCUGGCUCUGAACUCAAAAGCUCUGAGGGACGAUCUCUACUUUGAUGUCGGCAGUCUAUUGGCCCUCUCUUUGGUUCACGGAGGUCCUCCUCUGGGCUUCUUCUCUCCUGCACUGUAUCAUAGUCUGUUCAACUAUCCCAAAAACUACAGGCCUACUUUAGAAGACCUCGGAGACACUGCUUUUGGGCACAAAAUCAGACAAAUCGCAGAAGCAAAGUCAAUGAAGGAGCUGAGACAUGCGAUGAAGUCAGCAUCACAAUAUUUGGAAGCUGCAGGCUGUUGGCGGAAGAUCAGCAAACUCUCUGAGAAAGACAUGUUGGUGGAGGAUGUACUGAAUUUCUACCUGAUCAUCAGACUGCAGCUUCCUCUGCAAAGAUUCCGUGAAGGUUUGAGGACACUAGGAAUGUUCGAGCAGGUCCAGAUGUGCUCAGAGACGUUCUUUCCAGUCUUCUGUGGACCUGUGGAAAGGCUGACGGCUGAAUCUGUCAUGGAGCUCUUCACAACCCGGUUAUCAGAAGAAAAAGAAAAACAAGUUCUAGAAAAGACCACGAUAAGCUUUUGGAAACAGUAUCUGCAUGAAUGUGAAGAGGGUCAAUGUGCAGCAUCGCUGGAGGACCUCCUAACAUUUGCCACUGGUACAGAUUUGGUUCCAGCCAUCGGAUUCAAGCCCACUCCGUCCAUCUCAUUCCUCAGCUCACCAGACAACUUGUGUGCUUUUCCUCAGAGCAACUGUGAUGCCAAUCAUCUCAUUCUGCCUACUCUACCCUCUUACCAGCUCUUCAAGAAACAUUUGGAUUACACAGUGUGUCAGUUCUCAGUUAUGCAGGACAUUUAAAGCCGAGCUGGAUGUUUCAGUAGAGUCAUGGUGUAGAUUCACAUAAUGAUUUACAAUGGUGCUAAAAGUCUUUUUGUUUGCAGUUAGCGAGUAUUAUAUCAACAGUCUUAAAUCGCAUUAAUGUAAAUGAUUCACUCUAUUUAUCAGUAGUUAAACGCAGGUUUUAGAACUUGAUGAACUCUGUGUUGUUUAAAUGGUCUCAGUUAUUGAUCCAAUUUAAUUCUCAAAACAAUUUGAGCCACUCAACUAUUGAAGAAAAACUCUGAGGUAAUAUUUUCUACAGAAGCUUAGACUCAUGGAAAAUUUGUUUUUAAAAAAAAGAUUAUAUGUGUGCUUUUCUUAUCAAUUUAGACUUGAAGAGAUUGGUAAAGCUGGUCAUGAGCAUGUAAAUGUAAAUAGCUUAAUGUAAAUGUUGCUUUGAAUGGCUUAGAUGUUGAUUUUAUUAGCUUAGAAGUGCAGAGGUUUUUAAACCAAAGCCCAAAGUAGUUGAGUAGUAAUGAGUUGUUAUGUUCUUUGUUUAAUUUUGAUUUUUCUUAUAAAAAAAAAAAAACUGCAAAGCUUAAAUUGACGCGCUUAUAAUUUUCUGGUAGCCACAAGAUGGAGCAAUUGCAAGAUUUUUGCCACACUGCUAAUGGCAAAAUGCCGUCACUACAAAUGAAGUAGUUACUGAAUGAAUUGGUCUGCUUUGCUUGUCAUUUACAUUAGAAUCACAUUUAAGCAGGUAUGUCUUUGUUCUUGUACAGUUUUAUUUCUCCUGAUGUCGUUUGUUUGAUAUCUUGACAACUCGAUAACUGCUAUAACUUAUUUGUUUUAACUUUCUUUUACUGUGUUUACUUUCAUUAAAUAAUGAAUGGAUUUAUAA